ACAGCCAGGAGACGUUGACAUUUAUAUUUGUAAAGUUAUUCAAUAGUUAAGGAAUGUAGUUUAUUAUUAGUUAAAAUUGUCUAUAUUUUGAAAUUAUUUUUUCUUAAAAAACACAUUUUAAUUGCUCUUUAAAGAAUAAAAAAAAGUUUGGUUAGUUUAUAACCUGUCAAAACAUAACCUACUUGUGCUGAUAGAAGUAAAACUAUUAGCAUAAAUAAUUUGUUUAUUUUAAAUCCUGUUCAAUUAAAUUGUAUAAAUCUGACAUGGCUGACACCGGUCCAUUUACAACAAGUACAGCUUUUUGUGCUAAAUGUGGUUCAAUAUUGCCUUUGUUACAAGAAUUUGGCUCUGUUAAAUGCUAUGCUUGCAAAGCUUCCUAUGAUCCAGACAGUUACAGCAAUAUUAAGUUCAAUUACACUAUACAUUUUAACACAGUUUCCGCAUUGAGUAAUGAUAAAAUUCUACAUAUGGACAACCCCGAGGGACCUGUUGUUGAACGAAAGUGUCCAAAAUGUGGUAAUGAUAGAAUGUCCUAUGCAACGCUACAGUUGAGAUCUGCAGAUGAAGGACAAACUGUAUUUUACACUUGUAUAUCUUGCAAAUACAAAGAAACUGAGAAUUCAUAGAGACUAUGUAUUUGUCUUAUAAUCGUUUUAAGUGAUACAAAUUAUAUAAAUAAAAAAACUAA